GCAACACUUCUGAAAUUCCAGCACUGAAAUCCGGGACGCCACUAUGCAUUGCGCUGCCGUGUUUUUGGUCGUCGCCUUCUCUACGGCCGCGCAGGGUAUACCAUCGGCCAGGACCUUUGCGUCGUCGCAGCAUCACGCCACCCAUCAGCAUCCUGUCUUUGCAUACUCUCCGCCCCAGACCAUCACGCAUGGACACCAGGUUCUCGUUGAAGACGGCUCUUUCGUCUCCGCUCUCGUCUGCCAAGUUGUCAAGGUUCCUGUUGGCCAUUCCGGUGCGCAGACAGCCAUGCCGUCCCACAACAUCCCGGCCUCUACCGUAGCCGGUUCCCAGCCAGUUGUGGCUUCUUCCGUCAUCUCCUCCUCGCAGGACGCCUUGUCGAAUCUUAGGUCCAGCGUCAGGACGGCCGUAGAAAAACUUGUCGACCCUGUUGUCGAAGCCUUGCAGAACGCGUCGCUUUGGCUCAACCGCACGUCGCAGCUCCACCUGAACCAAUCCCACCAACACCCUGCUCUCCACGCGCAUAAGCACCAGCAUGGCGCCCAAGCUCACCACGCCCACAUGCACGCAAUUAACAGCCAUCACGAGCAUCAACACAUGCAUGGUGGCCAGAUCAACGACGCGGCGCAUGGUCACGCACCCAACCAACAGCUUAACCCUAUUCACGGUCAUGAAACCCCGCAAAUGAUUCCAAAGCCGGCUGUGCCGAUGACCGUCGUAUCCGUUCCUGUCCUGGUUCCCGCAGUCCAUGCCGCCUCUUUUCCUUUCGUGAAUCUGUCUGCCGUUGUUCCAGCUGGCGUCAACAUGGCCUCCCUGCAGUUCUACAACCCCGGACGUGAUAACGCCACAUCGUCGUUUGCCGUUGCUGCCGAAUCUGUCGCUGCUACCACUCGCCCUGCAUCAACGCCCGCAAUUAGCGGCCUCGUCGGCCGCACUGGAGCUCCACCCAAUGCGCCAGGCACAGAUGCCCCGGAUGCUCUGUCGUCGGACGUGCACACUUCUACAACAGUUACCGACGUUACCACGCUUCCCGUUGGGUCUGAAAACCUUGACGCCUUGGCCAGACAGUUUCCCCCGCCUGUGGUCCACCGCCCAGUAUGUCCUUAUGAUUGUGUACCACCGGAACGACGGCGGUAAUGCCGCCGUGAGAAACGUCGUUGCCAGCGACAAGCCUUCACCAGUGUGUAGCUAGCGGGACAAUGCAGCUGUGAUUAGUUUUCCGGUUGCUUGCAUGCAAAUUGUUUUAUAUAUGUAUUUGUCGUUGUGGCAGAAGACGUUUAGCAUGUGUACUUUGCGUUGACAAGCGCUGAAUGUAUAUGUGAAAAUAAAGCGGCAUAUUUUAUCUAUACA